CGUGAGAUGGCUUGACAAUAGAACUGAGGCUCGGUAACUUGCGGCUGUCAACAUGCGCUAGCCCGGGUUAGGAAAGCGGACAGGCACCCGCCAACUUGGUCGGAGCUUUUGAUUGCGGGAUGCCGACAACUUUUUUUAUCAUUUCAUUUCACGAGGUAUCUCACAACCAUGUCUGCCGCUACAGACAAAGCACGUUUCUUUUUGGAAAAAUCAAUCCCUGAACUCAAGGAGUAUGAGCGGAAGAAGAUAUUUAACAAGGAUGAGAUCUCAGCAAUCAUCAAAAGACGAUCAGACUUUGAGCACAAGCUUAACGCUCGCGGCGCACAACCUUCCGACUUUGUACGCUAUGCAGAAUACGAAAUGAAUCUCGACACUCUCCGGCGCAAAAGGGUGAAACGACUCGGUAUUCGGGGUGCAGGAUAUUCUGGCCAACGGCGGAUUUUUUUCAUCCUGGACCGCGCCACUCGCAAAUUCCAUGGUGAUAUUGGUUUAUGGAUUCAAUACGUUGAAUAUGCAAGGGCUCAGAAAGCAUUCAAGAAGCUUUCUAUAAUCUUCGAAGAUGCCCUACGACUACACCCAACGAACGCGGAUUUGUGGAUAUAUGCAGCGCAAUAUGCUUUGGAUGAUCACGCAGAUAUAACGCAGUCCCGAAGCCACAUGCAACGUGGCCUAAGAUUCUGCAAGAGCUCUAGGAAACUAUGGCUUCACUACGCGAAGCUGGAAUUGAUCUAUACAGCCAAGCUUAUUGCUCGACAGCGUAUCUUGGGACUGGACCGCGAGAUUGAAACCCCCAACCCGGCGUUGGAUGCUUCCUUUGAAGAUCCCAAUGCCGACACGAUUGCGCUACCAAAAAUCACUGGGGAAGACAUCAACCCGAGCACAGGAGAUAAUGAUGGUGUGGACCAAGUCGCGUUGCAGAAUCUCAAUUCAACGCCCGCACUAAGUGGUGCGAUCCCCUUGGCCAUCUUCGACACAGCGAUGAAAAACUUUGAGCAAGAUGCCAAAUUUGGUCGGGAGUUCUUCGACAUGGUUUGGGAAUUUGGCGACUUGCCUUGUCUUCGUAGAAUUUUGGAACACGUCGUCAAUGCGUUGCAGCAGUCCAGGCCUGGCAGCCAUCAUACGCAAAUCUGCUAUAUCAAGCUGCCUACCGCUGGAAUCCAGCCCACAUCACCCGACUUCCCGCGCGCCCUGGUUACAUCGUUUGCUCGGCUGAAAGAGCACCGCGAGAACCUCGAUGUUGCAAAGGAGGCCAUCAAUUGGCUGCAGCCACUGGCAAAUGCAGAAGGCCUUGAUCCCUCUCUGCAAAAAGCCAUCGCUGCGACGGUCUCCAACACGGAACGUGCCAUCCAGCUUUAGAAAAUGCUUGUUCUUGUUACCUCGUACCCUUUUCACUUCUCUGCUGUCAUGUACAGGCGCCCAUUGGAGUUCAUUAUCGCACAUUGGUGGUUUAUAAAAAAGUUAGCUCUUCCUCGAUCAGUCAUCAAAUUUACUACCCCGUCGAUUGCUCUUCUUACUGCUAUGCAGUUUUUUAGCUUUGAUUCUAGAUUCAUUUUCGGCAUUUUUCCUGUACAGCGUGAGUAGAGGUCUUCUGGGUUGUUGUAGAAGUAAACCGAGUCAAUACGGCGGCGUAUAUAAACAUACAAUUUAUGUACCCGGUCUCUUUGCUCCUGAGAAGUCUCUCCGGGGAUGACAUCUGCAGCAGUAGCUUUGAGUAACUGGUGGAGUUUCUCGUAACACGACUCCACAUUGGCAGCUUGUUUACGCGAUUCUUCCGAUUGUAUGACUAGACUCUGCGAUCUCUCUGCGAAGUAGCGCGAUGACCGCAGCGGACGAUGUAGAAUUCGAGGUACGAAUGGUAACAGAGACUGGAGCGGCACUUUCAAAGUAGCUUUUGAAUUUACC